AUGACGUUGAAGGUUACAUGCUUUGCUGACGGAUUAGGAACAAUGCCCACAGAAGCAGAGGUUGGAGGCCUUGAUAUCUUUGAUAUAGAAGGCGUGCUUUUCGAACAUAUCAAUGGUUAUGAUAUUGGGAUACUGGGCGCUCUCCACGAGACGAUGCUCGGCAAGACCCUUCUUGGCACGAAAACCUAUAUCGGCGAAUAUGGAUGGGAUCGGAUUCUUGGACACAUUCUGGGGUGCGUCGUUGGACAUGUGUGGUCGGACAUUGUUGCGGGGUUUCAUGUGUUUGUAAAUCGUACGGACGUAACUGAUGUCGCGGUUGACAUUUGGAGAGAUCAGGCAUUUAUUUCUUUUUCGUUGCAACAAGUGAGCUCUUCUAAACACUGGAGGUCUUCAAUGAUUGAUUUGCCAGUAAGCAACAAGAUAGAAGUAUUGUACCGAUAUCGCCUAACAUUUCAGAUGGGCCUUCGUAAUGUGCUAAACUAUAUUGGUUUAUCAAAGCAAUCACGCAACGUAUUGGAACUUCCAUGUCAAAAGUUGCAAGAUCGACAACAUCAGUGGGAUACUGUUGUAUUUGGCGACGUGGAAAUCCCCGUUUUAUACACUUGCACCGUACAUUGUUAUCUAGACUAUUUGUUAUGGCGUACUGAAAGAACGGCGUUGAAGAUGGGAAUGAGCGAACUUAGUUACAUCAUGAACGAAAAGUUUUUCGAUGCUGACUUUACGUCAUUGGCAAAGAUUUCAGUAAAUUAUAUUAACUCGCCACACGUGACAGGAUCUCAACGUUUACUUCUUCUCUAUUCGAUUGGACUGGCUACCACUACGCGACAAAUGCUCUUACCAGACAAAAAGAAAGGACCAAGACUAAAACUUGAGAAUUUUUGUGACUUAGAAAGUUAUACGAGCAAAGACAUUUUGUCUGAGGCUGUUCCAAUUCUAAAGAAUCUUACAGUAAACUUCAUCAGAGAAAUGCGUUAUCGUUCGGAUUGGAUUAGGUUGUUGCCGUCGUUUCUUGUUCUUGAUCCUGAACUUGAGUUAGAAGAAGUAGUCAGUUGCAAACUCAUAGAUCAAAAAUUACUUAAAAAGAUAUGUACGGUCAUCGCAACACAACUUGUUCCAAUAGUGUCCUCUUCACAAUACCGCAAGCUAUGCACACUUGUUUGGAAAUGCACGUCGUCGUUAUCUUGCCUGAUUGAAAGUUUGAGUCUGGCAAGUUCUGUUCUCGGAGGUCACCACUUUUGGAACGAUGACCAGCACGGUGGACUUAAGGAUGUGUUCAAGCAACUUUUUGAAAAAGUCUUGGAUUGUUUCUCUUCCAUUCAAUUAUUUUGGAAAAAUAGCUCAAAAUUUGCAGAAGCGAACUCUUGGAUUGUUCCGCUCAUUCACGGUCGAAUUUUUACUUUGUUGCAAAAGGGAUCGACGGACAGUAAUGAGUGCCAAGCAUUGAUAUUUUUGCUCAGUCUGCCUAAGCUGUUUUCAGUGUCUGACUUAUCCACAGGUCAAAAUUCUGUACUAAGGAAAAUAUUAAGUUGUAACGACAAGCUAAUACAAAGAACCGUUUUUGUUGAGGUUAUGUCACGUUGCUGUUCUGCUGCGCAAGAUGAUAAAGUGGACACGUCAGUUUGUGUACUUUCUCAGGAAUGGAUAGAGCUGUCGUCAAAUUGGUCAUCUGAUAAAGACAAACUCAGUUCAUUGCUAAAUGCCAGCAACUUGAUUCUUGAAAAACCAGCUAAUGCAACCGAAUUUAAGAAAUCUGUAAAGUCUGUCACUCUAGAGAAAGCAGUCCAAUUCAAGCCUUUGUCGUUUUUCAAAUCUGCAGCUAAUGGCACACUGCUGAAUGGGAAAGUGGAAGAGAUGCUUAUCGAAGCUGCUAAAAUUUCUAUCCCAGACAGCUUGAGCGUACAGCAAUUGCAAGAGAUAAGCAGACCGCUUCUAGAUGUAACAUCAGCCACAGUUGAAUUUUUCUCGUACAACUUGACUACCAGAGUUUCAGGAGAGCUGUUAAAUUUGGCAGUGAGUAAACUAAAGGAAGAAUUUACGUUGGACAACAUCUUAGACACAGAACGUCUUCAAUUGCUUGUCGCUGUUCUUAACGCGAAUACAUGUUCUCGCGUACGAGUUAUGCCGUGGCUACAGAAAGCUACCAAAAUUGUCGAGAAAUGCUACGGAAACAUUAUAUCUGGCGAAGUUUCUGCAAGACAAAUUAAUCAGCUAUUUAGAGAAGAGCGAGCACGAAGUAUUUUUACUUUAGCAAUUGCUUCUUGCAAAGGUAUUAGCAAACGAAAAGUUCAACAAAUUCUGGAAAGUACCAAUCAAGAAGUAGUAAGAACUGGAGAACUGCUGAACGCCAUGCACGACUUUUUAGAUGACAUUGUGGCAGCAUUUGAAGCAGAAAAUGUCGAUGAAUUGAGAGCAGACCUCGAGGUUCUUGAGGAGUAUUAUAGGAGUAAACCAUUUAGAGAGUUUCAAAAUUCUUGUUAUUGGCGUAAAGUGGAAGUGCUAGACCGUGGCUGCAGCAUCUUAGGAAUUGUUUUGUCGCGUCAGUACUUUCGCUUUAUUCUAUCAAGAACAUGCAAAGAAUGGAAAGAGCCAGAUGAAUUGAACACUCAUAUUACGGCAGAAGUACUUGUUGAGCAAAUAAUACCGUCUUCUAUGGAAAUAUUUCGUGAUUCCAUUUCUCCAUUCUUUUCUGAAGAGAAAUUCGUUAGACAAAAGUUUGCAGAUAGCGAAGACAUUUUGAGUGUGCUUUCCGAUCCAAAUUGCGACUUUAAUAAAGAAUUUGUCUCAUUUGAAAGUGUUUUGAAAAACAAAAUUCCUAUGAAAGUGCGGGAAUUGUUUUCUACGUAUUUGGAGAGUUGCCAAGAAGUGAAAGUUGCUCAACUUCUGCUCCAUAGUCUAAGUACGUUUCGUAUCGAUAUGAAUCAUUUUGUUGUUGAUGCUUUUCGCAAGUUUUUGAAGAGUUUUGAAACUCGGAGUCAGAUGACAAUACAUGAGUUUAAUGAACAUUAUCUGUCUUACAAAAAGCAUAAACCGACGCUUUCGGCAGAUUGCAUCAAAAUGCUUGAAUCAUUGGCGGAUGCCGUUGAAUUGGUUAACUUCUUUCUUGAGCUGCAAGAGAAUCAAGAAAAUGACUUGAGGAAACUUGUAGAUGCGGUGGAAGAGCAUUCUGACGGUAGCCUUGUUAAUACGUCUACCAUAAAAUGUCUAUUGCAAACGCAAAAGGUUCUCUGUCGUUUUACAUCAUCAAGUCUCACUGUCGACGAUUUCUUUCAAAGAUUGAGAGAAGUCUUUUCUAAUGUAGAAUUAAGUGUUGAUGUUGUCAAAAGCAUUGACACUUGCAAGGGUUAUGCGGUAGCUAUUCGACAAAUCUACCAUAGCUUGAAAGACAGAAGAGAGAUGACAAAGCAAAUUAUUAGAAAUGCAGCAAAGGACGGACGGUUUACAUUUACGCUAACCGAGUCUGGCAAUUGUAUGGUUCAUUUGCAGUAUUCCUUCAAGUCAGACUGUGGACAUGAAACUGCUGGUGGAUUAAAGAAAUCAUUGGAAGACAUGAGAGACUUGCAAUGUCGAGCACACUUGAUAGUGAAUUCUGAACUAAACAAAGACGAUGUCGACGAAGGCGUUAGAGAUUCUCAGCUUUGCAAAAUUUUUAUUGAAGAGGUAGAUCUUGUUGAAAGAAUAGCUACUCUUCUAACAGAACUCUUUGCCAGCGGACACUUUAACUACGGAGAAAAGGUAUUCAAUUUUGAUGGAUUACAGAUACUAUGCCACAACUUAAAAUUAUUUCAAACACAGCUUCAAGAUUGGCAUGCUCUAUUGCCUACUGCAAGGCAAUCGCAUUAUUUUUUGAAUUACUUCCAUUCUGACCAAAUCCGAAUAUUGCACAAAUAUUUGUUUGGCAAGCGUACGAACGAGUUGAUCGGCAGAGCCCAAAACUUGUUGAAGUUUGUUAAUUCAUCGAUAAGUUUACCAUUCGUUGCAGAAGAAACGAUUCUUUUAGGAGAAUCAAUACAAUCCGAUCUAAAUAGAAUGGGAGAGGUGCUUGACGAGAUAUGCCGACAUUUAAAUCCGGUGCAGAGAACUGUGAGUGAAGAUAUCUAUUUUCCGCAAAUUGCCAGCGAUUGUGUAAGUAGUGGAGAACUUGUAGUUGCUCAUGUGACAGAAGAAAAAAUGUGCAGAGGAGUUCUUUCUCUCUUUCUUCAAAGUCAAAAUCAAUAUCCUCAGCCACAUCAGCUACUAUUUUGCCACAGCAGCACGUCAUGGGCUCAAGUAGAAAAUAUACUGUGGAGAUGUUUUAGCUCUACAAAUAGCUACCUUCAGAAGCAACUAUUUUGCGUAGUGAACGCAGACCACUUGUUAUCAGAUGUGCAACACAAGUUAAUUGACUUUCUUUUGCGAGCUCUAGAAAGUCAUAACAAACUAGCAGGAAUAACUAGAUUUUGCAACCGAAAUUUUAUGUUGGCUAUUAUUUGUUCUUUGCCAGAGCCUCAACACAUUUUAGAAAAUCUUCAAAAGUACAGAAGAAAUCUAACGGGCUUUUCCAUAGACGAUUCAAAAAAGUUAUUAGCUAGUUCGUGCGAUUCUACGUUGGUGGUGACGUCUUUAUUGGCGGGACAAGGAAAGACCGAGUCUAUUAAGCAAAAUGCUUUUAGUUGCAAUAAGCUUGUUCGCGUUCUUGCUGUAGAAGGUUCUAUCAGUCAUGACGAAUUAACAAAAUCUUUGUAUGAAUUACAGCUAGAUGACUUUCAUGCUCUGCACAUUGACAUUGCCAACGUUGAUAGCCCAGAGUUAUUAGACAACUGGAUAUUUGAACUUUUGGUUGUCGGAGGUGUUUCUUCAAAAAAUCUAUUUUGUCAGUUGCCUCAUAACAUUGUAUACGUAGAAAUAGCAAACUUUCUGGCCAAUGGGUUGGCAAAUCGAUUACAUUUCUGUCAGUUAUUGCCUAGUUGCAAACUCAUGUGGGACAUGAAUGAGUUAAAUGUCAGCGCAGAUGUCAACAGUUCGACUCAGAUUGUUUGCAACUACCUAGAUUACUAUUCUAAAGGCACACUUGACUCAGUCGAUAUUUCGUUCCAUCCUCAAUCGAAUUGUGAGUCUCUACCAGCAUCAAAAUGCCGCAGUCUUCUCAAAAACGUGUUUCCUGAAGGCGAUGUUACUUAUUACAUUGUUCGUACGUUUCUUAACGUAUUGGCGCAGCAGCUUGUUCGAUUUUCAGCCAGUAGUUUCUUUUCGACAGAAACAUUACAAACAACUGUUGGAACUACUGCAGUGCGAUCGCAAUUAUUUGGGUCGUUUUUAGAGGUAUCAAAAGAAUUUGCUAGAAGAUCUGUUGCAAUUUCGAGAAAAGGUCAAAUGGCGGCUUUUGAAGUUCGAGCUGGAAAUAUUGAUAAACAAGCAGUAGAAAGAUUUAGUGGAAUGAGACAGUGGGAACAAAGCAAUCAUCUGGUUGUAACAUUUCAUGAACGGGAUAAAGAAAACGUUAGCGCACUCUACUUGCACAAGGAAGAUUUGCUGCCAGAAGUGGAAAACGUUCUAAGAACACAAGGAGGAAAGAAUUGGACUCCAGAAGACUUGUCAAAUAGAGGGCACAGUGAUUUGGUGAUAAAGCUAGAAAGAGUUUUUCGAAAAUCAUUAGCGUCAGGAAAGUAUCCGAACUACUCUCUUACUCGAGACAAUAUGCUAAAAGCUGUCAUGAUUAUGUUACGAAUUCAAGCUCACGUUCCGGUCAUUAUUAUGGGAGAAACAGGUUGCGGGAAAACAAGUUUAGUUCAUUUUCUUUCAACUGUUGUAGAAGCAAAGCUUUUUGCUAAGAACUUUCAUGCAGGGGUUGAAAAGAUCGAAAUCUGGAAAUUUAUUAAAAAUGUUAUCAUUCAGGCUAAUGAAGACGUAACCCUUCAGGUUUGGGUUCUCCUCGAUGAAAUCAACACUUGCAAUCAUCUUGGUCUUCUAUCUGAUAUCAUUGUCCACAGAACAUGCCAAGGACAGCUACUUCCAACAAACAUUGUAUUUUUAGCUGCCUGCAAUCCAUACCGAUUUCAGCAGAAAUUAGAAGCCACGUCAGGACUAAGUCUUGCUCUGAGAGCAGGUGUCACCACUGGAACAUACAAAUUAGUCUAUCUAGUCAAUCCACUUCCAGAAUGUAUGGUAGACUACGUAUGGGAUUACGGUGCUCUGACGGCGGACGAAGAACUGCAUUACAUUAGAAAGAUACUUGGUAACCUGGAUGGCGACAAUGAUCUUACUGCUACCCUUAUUCAAACAUCGCAAGAGUUUGUUCGUCAAAAGUUUGGUAGAAGUGCAUGCAGUCUCAGAGAUGUGAAACGUUGCAGAGAUCUCAUUCAUUGGUUUAUAGAAAACUGUCUUCACUUUGACUUUAGUGUAAGCAGGAAGCGAACCGACAUGCCGCGUAAAAUCUACUGCACUGUUUUGGGACUUUCAGUCUGCUAUUUGUGUCGUCUUGCUUCUACUGCUCUUCGUGAUGGUUAUCUUGACAAUGUAUUGCAAUAUUUUAGAAAUUACAAAAUGAAGAAAAGUGACUUUCUUGACAUUUUAACUAGCGAAGAACAGGCAUAUCUAAACAAAAUGCGGCUUCCGAAAGGAAUUGCUGCCAAUGCCGGGGUGUAG